CGCGAAGGCUAUAUCUCCUCAGCAUGUAGCAAGAACAACUCAUUCUGCAUUAGCCAUUUUAGCUUGGCCCGUCAUGGCUCUAAGAAAUUCCCGAGCUGGGGGCGUAUGGCACAGUAGUAUGGCGAAUAGGAUAGUUGACUAUAAGAGGUCAAGGGACGAACCGACUACGAGCAGGACUUAAGAAUAUGUUUAGAUAGACUAAACAAAAUUCAUUAAUACCAACAGUGUCACUAUCAAAACACACAUCAUGGCCCCAACUAUCGUCUUAAUCAGCGGCGCGAACCGAGGUUUAGGCAAAGGACUCCUUGAGCUCUACCUCGCUAGGCCGAACCAUAUCGUCGUCGCCGCGAAUCGCAACCCAGAUCACCCUACGUCGAAAGCUCUUGCCGAGCUACCCAAAGGGGCAGAUACUCGCCUCGUUGUUAUUAAGAUCGACGCCUCUGUUGAAUCUGAUGCUGCUGAGGGCAUCAAACAGUUAACUGCACAGGGCAUCGAUCAUAUAGAUAUCGUCAUUGCGAACGCUGGUGUCUGCUACGUCUUCCCCAAGGUCUCAGACAUUAAGGCUGAAGAGCUGCAAGGACAUCUUACUCCUAACCUCUUUGGCGUGGUAUGGUUAUACCAGGCCGCAAUUCCGCUCCUAAAGAAGUCUACGAAUCCUAAGUGGAUAACUAUGGGCUCCGUCGGAGGAAAGAUAGUGGAUCAACCUGAUGUUCCCCACGCCGCUUAUGGACCGUCAAAAGUGGCGGUUCACUGGGUAACCAAGCGCAUCGACAAGGAAGAAAACUGGCUUACAGCAUUCGUGAUUCACCCUGGCUUAGCAGACACCGACAUGGGCCAAGUCGCUCUUGCAGGCCUCGUAGCAGUCCACGACAACAUUCCGGUAAAGCUUAUAACAGUUGAGGAAUCGUGCCGAGGAAUGAUAAACGUAAUCGACGCAGCUACAAAAGCUACCCACGGAGGGCGACUCGUAGGCUAUACUGGGGAUGUGGAUACAUGGUAGACAAGGCCGGAAUUGAGGAUAAUUACAUGUUGACUAUUGCAAACUCAUAUGUCUCUUGGGGCAUACGGAGAUCUGCCAUAUCCGCGAAACUCUUUGAGGGAGGAAAGGAAUAGUUGGGAACCUGUACGGGCCAUGGCAACUUGAUAGUAGAUGUAUGGUCUGCUAUGUUAUGUACCUUAGGUAUAUAAUUAUAGCUAUAUGAACGCAUAUACUGCAUAUUGUUUCUUCUACUCUUAUAG